AUUAGAUUUUGUACGCCAUUUCUGUUUAUUGAGUUUGGCUUCUCACUCGCGAGCUUUUAGUUGGAGAGGCUAUAGCUGGAGAGCUUUGGUUGCGGCAGAGCGUUGGACGCUUGCUGGUGAAAUAGAAGCAUGGAGAGUUCAGGUGCGUGGAGCGGUGAGGAGAAACAGAAGUCUCCCAGCCUGCGCAUGUCGAAGAAAGGCGGUGCUCGAGGGCAAGGCGAAACGAGCGCGGGCGGGUUUGUGGGCCGUUGGAUGCCCGCGGCGGGGACGUCGUCGGACGGAGCGACUUCGCCUACGCGCGAUGACAGUUGUACCGAUAGGAGCAUGUGUUUCAAGGGGGAAGGAGAGGGGUGUUCGACUCCGUACAAGGGCCAGAUUUGGGAAAUCAGGACUCCCACUCGACCAGUUAAGGCCAAAAGAAGGUCGACGUGCAGAGAGGGUUUCGAAUGUUUAAGUGAAUUGGAGGGGAAAGAUAUCAGGGGUUUUUUGUUUCCUGAUUCGGCGAGCGCGGGGGAUCGCGUUACGGGUGUGGCGGACAUAGACUGCAAUGGAACGGUUGAGCAGUAUGAAGGGAACAAUUUGAUCUUUCGUCGAAUGAGACAGUCUAGGCUCAGGCGCAGAGAAGAGGUGUGCCUGAAGCUCAGAGAGGAGUCGAAUAACGCGUUUUUUGGCAUGGAACUGGCGACCAAGCGAAAGUGGUCCGCAGCCGACAUAAGGGCCUAUUUUGGCCAACAGGAGCCAGAUUUAGAGACGGACUUUUUUCGACUGGAAGGGGUGAUGAAUUCGGAGAGUGACGAGGUGUCUGAUGUGUGGUCCAAUUUCUUGGGAGAGGAGAGCGGCAAGUUCGUUGACAACGAAGUUGUAGAUCUCAUCUAUGAAAACGGCAUCGAAAUUCAGAGCCCCGAAGAAAUCAAACUGAAUGAUGUUAAAAAUUACCAAAAACCGCCAGAGAUUUAUCAAGUUGACGGCUUCACUUCUGUCAUGGUGUCAAGAGGCUAUCAGCAGCGUUCAUUCUUUCAUGGGAUUUAAAUUCUUAGAGAUCGACGCGAUGUUCUCCUAUUCUUUAAAUACGUGAGUAUUGUACGCCCAGUCUCCCUUCAAAUUCACCGCACAUCGCUAAACGUAAGCGCGAGUGGCGCGAGAGGGGGAAAAACUCUGAGUUCUGCGCGACCGUUCGUAACGCGAAGUCAUACCGAAUGACCGGCCUAGUCACCUAGCGCUCGAUUUGCAGUUUCGACAGCUACCAAAAGUCACUGCAUGUUACGGCUGAGCCGAGUUAUAAAAAACCAGUAAACUCAUUUUUUUUUCCAGGUUUGGUGCGAUCUAGGAAACACUUUUUUUGUGCAGGAAAAAAAAAAAAAAAAGGUGACUCACAGAGAAAUCCGAAUUUGGAAUUUGUGCUUCAGGCUGGAAAGUAAGCAUUGGCCGACGAUGGGCACGGCGCAAGACAGCACGGCAAGAUCACCCUGUGUCUUUUAGAGAGAGAGGUUUCUUCAACAGAGGCUCAUGGUCUCUCCAAUUAGAGAUUGGACUAAUUUAGUACACGUCCGGCCAAAACUGUGUUAUACGCGUAUAUUUUUUGCUGCUCAAACUGUCAGACGCGUAUUGGUGCGUCAAAACCGCCUCGCUAGCGCCGCUCUGGCCAACGUCUUUGCCUCGGUGCCGAUCGACUAUCUGGUGGCUACGUUCGCAGCGAAAAGGUCAAAAUGGUGCAAGCUUAGAGUCGGCUUUGCGCGUCGCUCGUGGCGUGGAGCACCGACGAAUUCGAAAUACCCUGACGUCCCUCAGCCACCAAUAUUACACAUAAAUUAGUUCGUUUUUUAAUAGUCUGCGCCGUUUUUAUUCAGAAGCAAUAAAGGUUGUUCGCAAAGGCGCUGCAACGACGCCAUC